AUGGGGCUGCGCGACCUCCUCAAGAAGAAGGACAAGGAUGGCGACGAGGGCGGCGGGCCGGCCGAGAAGCAGCAGCAGCAGCACCAGGGGGCGGCAGGCGGCGACGACGACCACCUGGCGCGGCCGCCCGACUUCAAGUUCAUCCGGUCCGACACGCACAGCGCCGAGGUGAUCCACCCGCCCAGCGCCCCCGUGACGCCCAAGGUAACCGCGCCCGGCGGCGACAGCGGCAGCAUCAGCGGCGGCGAAGGUGGUGGUAGCGGGCGGCGGAGCUUCUUUGGCGGAUCGUCGUCAUCGUCGUCACGGAAGCGUGACCAGUCGACGACGACGACAACGACGGGCCACCUGGGCUCCGGGGAGGAGAAGAAGGAAAAGGGCCUGCGGCGGCUGUCGCAGAAGCUCCACCUGACUCGGAGCAGUGGUGGCACGUCGAGCGAGAACGUGCCGCAGGACCUGCCCGAGAUCGUGGUCGCGCCGGCGGUUGGUAGCGGGGACGGGGACGGGGACGGGGACGGCAACGAGGCGCAGUGGGAGCAGCGCGCGACGCUGCUGGCGCGCGAGAACGAGCGCGUGCGCAGCCGGCCCGGCUCGCCCGACGGCGGCGGCGGCGGCGACCUGGCGGGCGGGCUGGGGAGCAUGGAAAUAGGGGACGGCGGCGGCGGCGCGGCUGGCGGCAGCGGUGGGAGGAAGAGGAGCGCCAGCGCCGUGUCGACAAAGGCCAUCGAUGACGACAUCCAAGAAGCCAUCCGGCUGCACGAGGCCGGGGACCUGGAGCGGUCGACGGUGCUGUUCGGCCGGCUCGCCGACCCGCAGGGGGCCAACAACCCGCUCAGCCAGGUGCUGUACGGCCUUGCGCUACGACACGGCUGGGGCUGCGAGCCCGACCAGGCCGGGGCGGUCCACUACCUCUCCAAAGCGGCGGCCAACGCCGCGACGGUCGAGACGCUGGCGCUGCAGGCGGGCAUGAAGAAGGGCGGCGCCGCAAAGGGCGAGCUGGUGCUGGCCAUCUUUGAGCUGGCCAAUUGCUUCCGCCAUGGAUGGGGCGUGCCCAAGGACGCGGUGGCGGCCAAGCAGUACUACGAAACGGCGGCAAACCUUGGCGACACAGACGCCAUGAACGAGGUGGCAUGGUGCUACCUGGAGGGGUUUGGCUGCAAGAAGGACAAGUUCGCGUCCGCAAAGUACUACCGCCUCGCCGAGAAAAACGGACACAAGACGCUGGGGAACUCGUGGAUCUGGAAGGACAAGUACGACCCCGGCAAGGGCGGGAAGAAGUGACAAGAGUAUACGUACAGUACCACGGGUACACACAAGCACACGCACGCCCGCGGGAGAUCACACACCGGUCGAGCUUUGUUAUGGGUAUGCAACUAUCGAGGCUUCGUUGUGCGCCCAAUGGGGGACGCCAAUCCUACCGUACCCUCUUUCCUCGAGGGACGGCGAGGUACUUGGGGGCUGCUGCUGAUCUCCCCUCCACUCCCUUCCCCUCCCCGUAUUCCGGGCCCUCCCCAAUCCCCCACCAACAGCAUCUCUUGUCUGGCAGCCAUCCACUCCGGCUUGCAUUAGGGGGGAAGGACGGACCUCUCUUUUUUUUGCCGCUUUGGGAGAGAUCUCGUGUUUGCCACCGUCUGGACUUGCCCUCUUUCUUGGCUUGUCCGGUCUGGACCCUGAGGCGAAUGGCCGUUUGGCGAUUGCUUCUUUUGUUUGUUUAUUUUCCUUUUUUUUUCUUUGCAUCCUGUUGGUUUUAGGGUUAUCUUCUUUCUUGGAUUUUAGUCCCUUUGUUUGCCACCUGUUCCCGGGGACGCGUCCCCUUUCCGCUGGCGCAGGCGUGGCUGCGCACACUCCCCCCACUCGGUCAGAAGACAAAUGUCCGCGGGGGAGCGACGAGGACGGGUCAUUCACUCAUUCAUCGACGAUUGAAACCGGCCAAAACGGUCCCCCUCGGGGAGGAACGGAACCAACGGGUGACAUGAUGGAAGGGCGGUCAACCAAAAAAAAAAAUGAACAGUCGUUUGUUAUUGCCUUUGUGCGGUCUACUGUGGAUCGGGCCAGAGUCGAAUUGAGAGCAGAGCAGAGCAGAGCAGAGCAGAGCAGAGCAGAGCAGAGAAAAGCAGGCGUGUGCGCAUCGUCACUUGGUUCAGAUGUCCCGGGUAUAACGUUUGUUCCGUCCGGCUGGCGCAGCGAGGCUGGUAAAUAAAAUAAAUUUGUUAAUGGAAUCCUUGGUCCAUUUUUGCAACAUAUGCAAGGGUCCUGUGUCGGCGGCCGGCGGAUGCCUGGUCAUUUCCUUGUUCCCUUUCUCAUCGCAGCCCGCCGCGCUUUUGAUCCCGACGGUCCUGCUCCUUGGCGCAAAAGAAAGAAAAGAAAAAAAAAA